UUCCAUAUUGUUAGGUUUAAGAUAUCGGGUAGAUAAGAUUCUCACGUCAGCCGGUUGCAGCCGGCAACAGUCCUGUCAGUCGGAAUAUAGAUAUACGAUAAACGGCCGUGUCUCAUUUCUCGGCACCCUUUUCCCUCCAAAAUAACAGUGGCGACGAUUUAACGGAUUUUACGCGUGUGUUGGUUUUAUUCGGUGUUAAUCAUGGCUAAAAUGUCAGUUGGAUUUUUGAGUGUGUUUAAUCACGAAGAACAGGAGUGGUUAUUAUAUAAGGGCCGCCUUGAACAAUGGUUUAUAGCAAAUGACAUAAGCGAGGACACGGACAAAUCGGGCGCAAAACGUCGGGCUAUUUUAUUAAGUAGUUUAGCAGAGCCGACGUACCGACUCGUAAAAAAUCUCGCGCUCCCUGCCGAGGUGGGAUCGCUCGAGUUAGCAAAGUUAACGGGCCUUCUCGACGGCCAUUUUAAAACUGGAAAGUGCGGGUUCGCGGAACGUUUUAAAUUUUACGCGGCCGUGCAAUCUUCGAGCGAGUCGUUAGCGGAUUGGGCGGCGCGAGUUCGUGGUUUAUCAUUGCAUUGCAACUUCGUGGCGGCAAGUUUAGAGGAGUCGCUGCGAGAUCGGUUCGUGCUGGGCAUGGCUGGAGGCCCAGAGCGGGACCGGUUAUUCAGAGAACCUCUGGAGGAGCUCACACUAGCGAAGGCACUGCAGUUAGCGGAGAGCAUCCGCUGCGCAAGAGAAGGUGCGCAGCAGACGACGGUGCGCGACGCAGCGGAUGUGCACAAGGUGUCGGCGCGGGCGGCCGGCCCGCCGCAGCACGCCACCACGACCGCGACUAGGCAGAACGGGGUUCCGCAGGCGAGCACCUCGCGGGAUCAAAAGGGUUCUGUACAGUGUUCAGUGUGCGGAUAUUUUAACCACGAGGGAAAGAAGUGUAGAUUUAGAAAUGCGUCGUGCAAAUUAUGUGGUGUCAAGGGGCAUUUAAUGCGCGUUUGUACCGCGAAGAAUGUGCCAUCUAAUCACCAUUUCCUACAAUGUUGCACGGAUGAAGCCGAUAAGGUGUUCGCAGAUGCAACAGUACCGUGGCAGUAGGAACAUUACUUUUAAGCCGAAUGACGUAGUUAUAGUGAAAGUGUACAAGGGACAAAGAGCGUUUUGGUCUAAAGCAUUGGUGAAGAAACAAUUAGGGAGAUCGACGUAUUUGGUUCAAUGUGAACAAUCAGACCGCUUAAUAAAACGACAUAAAAAUCAAAUAUACAUGUAUAGGGGGGAGGAAGAUGCCAUGGGGCAAACUGAACCGGAAAACCAAGAUGUUGCCCGACCGGGGCAAAAACCCUUGGCCCCCGAUAACAUGCCAGCUAUAGUUAUAGAGGCUGCUCCAUCAAAUACUCCACAAGUGUCAGCGGUACCAUCAGCUGUGGCAGCCCCAAUGGCGCUCUGUAACCUGCCCGCUCCGGCUACGACACCAACGUCAUCGACCACGACAGAGUUAGAGGAAUGGACCGAUUGUCCAGAAGCACAGGAACCUGGUAUAAGUGAUUCUGUCAAUGUCCACACGCCGACACUACCGGCAUCGGAGUCGGUGCCUGAUGAACCGGCGGGACCAAACGCGGCCCCGAGAAAGACUAAACGCGCUCGGAACCUGGUGGAUUAUAGACAAUUUUUCUAAUUUAACUUCUUUUGGUUGUUUAAAACUAUUGGUGGAGGGAUGUUAGGUUUAAGAUAUCGGGUAGAUAAGAUUCUCACGUCAGCCGGUUGCAGCCGGCAACAGUCCUGUCAGUCGGAAUAUAGAUAUACGAUAAACGGCCGUGUCUCAUUUCUCGGCACCCUUUUCCCUCCAAAAUAACACA